GCCAGUGGCAGGGUUUCUUACUCCCUAGCCUUGUUUGUAUCAGUCCUCUCCAACAUUAGGCAUCACUGCCAUGUUCAACUUUGCUGACUACAAUUACCCGUUGCCUGAAAAAAUAACUUGUAUUUAUACAACGAUUGUGCUGAUUUUGUCACCCACUUCCUGGCUGGGAGAGAACAGGAAGAAUGGCUACCCAGAGUGUUCUCUCAGAGCUCAUAGACAGAGAAAGAAAAAAAUUAGUUGAAAUCCUCCAACAAGAUCCUGAUUCAAUCUUAGAUACAUUAACUUCUCGGAAGCUGAUUUCUGACGAAGAGUAUGAGUCUCUGGAGAACAUUCAAGAUCCUCUGAAGAAAAGUAGAAAGUUGUUAAUUUUGAUGCAGAAAAAGGGAGAAGUAAGCUGUCAGCAUUUUCUCAAGUGUUUGUUUAGUACUUUUCCAGCGUCAGUUUCCUUUCAGGAUUUAAAGCACGAAUUUUUAAAACAGGAGAAUAUAGAACCACCGCUUCAGUCCAUGGGUGUAAGCAAAUAUUUGGAAGAUGUUUUUUUUCCUGGAGAGAAACAGUCUGAGAAUCCUGAGAUCACAGUGGCCUUAAAAGAUAAAUACUUAGAUUUUGGAGACUUCAAGGACAAUAAAAUUAGUUAUAGAGAAACUGCUUUGUCCUCAAGAGUAAAUGAGAAAGAAUAUAACGCACCAAAAAUCACAAUGCCCUAUUUGGUUGAGAAUGUUGAAUACGAAUUUCCAGCAACUAUUGAGUAUUUACAGGACGGACAGAGAUAUGAAGAGCCAGAUGAUUCUUUAUACUCAGGACAAGAGGACUACCUAGAAUCUAUUGAAUACUCUAAAGAUGCAGAAACCACUGUGGAUGAAGAGAAUUAUGAUAAUCCAGAGAACAUUGUCUAUUAUGGUGAAGAGGACUCUGCAUAUUCAGAAACCAAAGGGUAUUCUGAUGAAGAACAACAUUAUGAGGAGUCAGAAGCCAGCAUAUUACUGGAGGAGGAAGAGACAAGUAUAGAAGAAAGAAAAAAGGUGUUUAGAGAAGUCCUGUCAUGUUUGAACAUGGACAGGAGCAGAAAGCUUCUGCCGGAUGUUGUGAAACAAUUCUUCUUAGAGCGAGUAGAGACGUGGAUACCUAAGACUCCAGGAGACUUAGUUUGGAAUUUCCUGAUGAAAGUUCAAGCGCUGGAUGUGACGGCCAGAGAUUCAAUACUCACCCACAGGGCUCUGGAUGAGGACAGCCAGGGGGACUUGCUGACUGGAGUGGAGAAUUUGGAAAUCAGAGAUACGCAAACCAUUAACCCCCUUGAUGUCCUUUGUGCCGCUAUGCUGUGUUCAGACAGUUCUUUGCAACGUGAAGUCAUGUCAAACAUGCAUCAAUGCCAGUUUGCUCUUCCCCUGCUGCUGCCAGAUGCAGAAAACAACAAAAUCAUUUUAAUGCUGGGAGCCAUGAGAGACAUUGUGAAGGAGAAGUCUGCAAAGGCUUCUGGGGAGCCGGCAGGGGAUACAGAGAAGCUUCUGAUGUGCACAAAGAUGCCUGUUAUCUCUUUCGUGCGUCUAGGCUGCUGUAGCUUUUCCAAAUCCAAAAUCCUCAAUAGGCUGCUUAGCCCUGCUGGACAGAAAUCACGUAAAAUCUUUCUCCAGGAUUUGCCAGCUCUGGCGCUUCCUCGGCAAAUCUCUGAUGGCCUGGUUGAGAUAGCAUGGUGUUUCCCUGACCGCGACCAUCUAAAGGCAAACCCUAGCAUUUUUCAAAAGCCUGUUGCUGUGACCAGCCUUCGUGGAGAUCUGCAAAGUUUUUGGACACAGUUUGGCUUCUUGAUGGAAGUUUCCUCAGCUGUGUUUUUUUUCACUGACUGCUUAGGUCAGAAGGAAUGGGACCUGCUAAUGUUUCUAGGAGAAGAGGCCAUUGAAAGAUGUUACUUUGUCCUCAGUUCUCAGGCUAGGGAGAGUGAAGAGGCUGAGAUUUUCCAGAGAAUCUUGAAGCUGAAGGCAGCACAGCUACUGUUUUGGGAGGAGGAGGGGGCUGGGGAGACAGGGAAGAACAUGGAGUGCUUGCAAGCUACCCUCCAGGAAGUGAUGUCCUCGUCACUCAGAUAUGUGUCCCUGGAGGACAUGGCCUCGCUGGCCUGGGAUUUGGGGAUUCAGGUAGACCAAGACUUUGAGAAGAAUGAAGAAAUCCCAUUUGUCCUUAGUGAAAACAUGGCUGCAAAAGCUAAAGAUGAGGAAGAACAAAGACAUGAUCAGCCAAAAAGUCCAUCUGAAAGCUCAGUUGAGGUGCCUAUGAAAGAGCCUGGGGUUCAAAAUUUUCACUUGAUCCAAGUACUUAUGCCUCAUCUGGGAAACUCCAGUCCUGCACCAUCUGUAACUGGAGGUAACCUUAACCGUGUUUCCUGGAGAGCCCCCAGGGUUGCAGGCUCCCACUUUUGGUCAGGACAGGGGUCUAAGCGGUCCCGUCCUUUGCCCUUUCAGAAUCCAAGGGCCCAUAAUCAAGGUAAAUGUUUUGGGAUUCAAUAUUUCCAACCUCAGAGAUUUUAUUCAGGUGAAAGAGUCAUGAAAAUCUCCCAACCUGCUUGGGGAUGUCACCUGACAAAAACAUCUGUGAGACCACUAAGACCCGCCACUCAGCACGAGCAGGCUUCGCUCAAGAGACCACCCACAAUGGGAGCUCCUCGUUGGUCUGGGGCAGCGGUCUCUCAGUUGGGACACUCCCAGCUCCAAGGUUCCCAGCCAGCAGGACCAACUGGAAACCUUAUGAGAACACCAUACCAUGUUAAACAGUCUCAUCCUCAAUUCUUUUCACCGGCCAACAGCACAUUUGUACACAGGUUUCAGUUCAAAUCUGAUCAGCCUAAGCCAUCCCAGGUCAAGCACCCCCAGCAUAAAUCCUCCCAACCUCAACCCACUCCAACAAAACCCCCUCAGGGCCAGACCUCCCGAACUAAGUGUUUUCCAUCAAAACCCACUCAGCCAAAGUCAUGCCGGCGCCAGUCCCCCCAACCUAAGCCUUCUCAGUCCCAGGCCUCCCAAUCUAAGCCUUCUCAGCCCCCCUUCCCUCCAUCUAAACCUUUUCAGCACCCCCCCACCCAUGCUAAACCCUCUUCAUCUAAAUCUACCCAGCAGUACCCACGCCAGCCCCAGUCCCCUGAACCUAAACUUUCUCAGCACAGACCCUCUCAACCCAAGUCAUCUCAGACCAACCCUUCACAGGCUAAGGCGAACUACCCAAAAGCAGGGCCAAAGAGGGUAGGGAAACGUUAAACAUCACUUUAGAAACCUGUGGAGCAUGGUCUUGCCAGACCAUUCCUAUCAUAGAGGAACCUGAAGAAGAGUGUGGUGAUGUUUCGCGACUGUCAUUAGCAAGACACAGACAAAAAGAUAUGCAAAGUCUAAUUGUGUCAGUAAAAUAUAUCUAAGAAUUAUGUUCCUAACCGGCCUCCCUGGUGGCGCAAGGGGUUAAGUACAGCACUAUGAAGCUAUCCGUAGGCUCUGCAGCACGAGUUCGAUUCCCGGCUAGCCAGCGAGCAACCCACAUGGCGAAGCAGAUCUCUCCUGUCUCUCCCGCUGUUCACCUCUGCAGUGUCUGUAGUCCAGCUGCCUGUUCUGCUCCCCGCUCUGUCUCUGGUGAAUCCUCUCACCCUCCCGCACAUCUGGCCUGUACUCUGAUUCUUGUAUGCAUAAAUAAGUCUUAAAAAAAAAAACAGAAUCAAGCUGUACAUGUUAAUUGAAUUCAGUAUUAGGUAAUAUAUAUUCUGAAUGCAGGGACUGGGAUUUAUGAGACAAUUCUACUUGGAAAAGAAUGGUGUUGGGACCUUUAUUUGCAAAGUAACCAUAAAAUAGUUCCCAGGGUGCCUUAAUGUUGCAAGAAAAAUUGCUCUAGAUAUAGGCUGCUCCAGAGGUGCACAGUGGGUGUGCACAUAACCCUUUUUAUUUGGGAUGUUUAAAUAAACUUGCUUGGAUAAUAAAGCCCCAGUUUGCUUGGAUGAUAAAACUUUCAUAUGACCCUUACAUACAUAUAUAGUGAAAUAAAAAGCAAUAAAAUGAUUUUGUGUCAACUUUAGGAA